UUAAUUAAAAUUUUAACAUAGUCAAGAAUGUCUACUGCUCAAAAAGACGGUUCCCUUGUUUUCGGUGUAGCAAGAAUCUUUGCUUCCUUCAACGAUACUUUCGUCCACGUGACUGAUUUGUCCGGUAAAGAAACCAUCGCCAGAGUCACUGGUGGUAUGAAGGUCAAGGCCGACAGAGACGAAUCCACUCCAUACGCCGCCAUGUUGGCUGCCCAAGAUGUUGCUGUCAAGUGUAAAGAAGUUGGCAUCAACGCUGUUCACAUCAAGUUGAGAGCUACCGGUGGUACCAAGACCAAGACCCCAGGUCCAGGUGGUCAAGCUGCUGUCAGAGCCUUGGCCAGAUCUGGUUUGAGAAUUGGAAGAAUCGAAGAUGUUACUCCAGUUCCAUCUGAUUCCACCAGAAGAAAGGGUGGUAGAAGAGGUAGAAGAUUGUGAUUUUUUUACCUUGGUUCCUAUCCGGUGUUUUUAUAUAAAAAGCUCUGUUUAAUAGUUUUUAUCCGUGUGGUGAAAUAAUUAUCCUUGCAUUAUUGCAACAUUUAUAAAAAUGUACACUUACGUAU